GCUUGGAAGCCAGGUACACAUGAUAGCUUUUAAUCUUUAAUUUGAUUUACAUAUUUAUUAACUUGUAUAUUGGCUAUGGAUAAUAAAAGCUUGUAUUUAUACAUCUACGAGGCUCACAGAGAUUUGGCAAGAGAAGCAGUGAGGAAGUCACUUGUUUUAUUGAAAAAUGGGAAAAUGCAUAUUCUCCUCUACUUCCUCUGCCCAAAAAUACAACCAAAAUAAUAGUUGCUGCCAUGCUUACAACUUAGGCUACCAAUGUGAUGGUUGGACAAUGACUUGGCAGGGACUUACAGGCAAUAACCACACUGCUGGUAUGUAUAUGAUACAUUUUUCAUACAUAUGUGCAGUUAAAAUUAUAUGUAUGUGUAUAUAAAUUAUAUUAAUUUUUGUGUGAAACAGGAACACCCAUCCUAAGUGCCAUUGCAACAGCAGUAGACCCUCAUACAGAGAUUGUAUACAGCGAAAAUCCCCGAUUCUGAAUUCGUCUAAUCGAAUAACUUAUCAUAUGCCAUUGUUGCGGCUGGGGAGCACCAUUAUGCAGACAUUUGGGGACAGUCCAAACCUGACCAUUGCUGAACCUGGUCCAAAUGUGAUCAACAAUGUAUGUGGGAGAGUCAAGGGUGUGGUGUUACUCGUCUCCGGUCGUCCUUUCUUCAUCGAGCCCCAUGUGCCGAGCAUUGAUGCUUUGGCUGCUGCAUGGUUGCCUGGUACUGAAGGUCAUGGAAUUGCUGAUGUUCUGUUUGGUGACUAUGGUUUCACUGGGAAGCUUCCGAGAACUUGGUUCGAAACAGUUGACCCACUUCCAAUGAAUGUUGGCGAUCCAAAUUAUGAUCCAGUACACCCAUUUGGUUAUGAUCUCACAACCAAUCCAAUUGAGUCCAAUUAAAAUUGGGCUCUAAUUGGGCUUAAUUUUGAGCGGAUAGAAAUUUGGUCUUUUCACCGUUUAGGUUGAAGACCCAGUCCACG